UCAUCGCAUGCUGGUUCUUUCUUCAUCGUCCAAACAAACACAACUUCUACAGCGAACGAUAUUCGAUCCGACACAUUUCUGCAAUUGACAAUCGCAACCGAGUUUCAAAAUGAUCCGCUCUACCACCCUAGCCGCUUUGAUGUCCUGGGCCCUGGUCGCCCGUACAACAUGCGCCUUUACGGCAACCAGCUGUUCCGUUGCCGCUCCCGCCAAGAGUGCCGCUUCUACUACCGCCCGGUUCAUGUCGUUCGAAGACUUUGGCCAGGAGACCCCCGAGGACACCAAGGAACGCAUCCAGGAGCUGGUAGACAACCAUCCCGUCCUUUUGUUCAUGAAGGGGAGCAAGCUCUUCCCACAGUGUGGCUUCAGCAACACUGCCUGUCAGAUCCUGCAAUCCUUUGACAUUGAUUUCCAUUCGGUCGACGUUCUCAGCGACGAAGCCGUUCGACAGGGUGUCAAGGAUUUUUCUCAGUGGCCUACUAUUCCCCAGCUUUAUGUGGUGCGUCCGUAUUUGUUUUGUUGUUGUGCGCAUACUACUUUUUGUUUUGUGUUCGUGAUUGGUGGGAUACUGUGCAUCCCAAAAGAUUGUGUUUCCUGUUAGAUUUUGUUUAAUUUCUUUUGUGACUAAGCAACGUAGCCGGUCGACUAAUCUGCCCUGUAAUUUGUUUCGAAUGGUUCCCUGUUGCUCUCAUGCACCAGUGUGGAGAAUUCCUCGGAGGAUCCGACAUCAUGAUCGAGAUGUACCAGAGCGGUGAGCUAGGUGAAUUGAUCGAAAAGGUUAGUUCACUCGUAUCGGAAUGGAGGAUUGCAAAACUAUUGUUGCCAUAUUGAAUGAUUAUUCUAUGGCCACACAAUAAUGAAUAGACUUCCGAUGCAUGGCUACUUCCAAAGAACUCGGAGGUUGGACUUUUCCGUUGUCUUUGCCUUCUUCCCGCCUCAUUUUUUGUUUUCAUUCGCAUUUUUCGAAUUCAUCAAAACUCCAUCGGGCAGGCAAAGGCAGAUAUGAUUUAGACAAAGUAAAGCAAUAUUUCGAUGAAGCGAUUUCACAGCCAAUUGUCUGCUUCACUGACUAUUGAAUAGAGCAUGAAAUAUAAAUUCGUGGGAAAGAAUUGUCGUAUUUCGGAUCAUGCAUGCACUAGGGUUUGUACGCGGUUGCAUCGUUUUUCAUGGGUACGCUUAAUUGAAUAUAGAACUAGGUGAUACUAAACAAUAAUGAUGGUUAGACGUCUUUGAGGCCAAAAAUCAAAAUGGAAACAGGUGCAGAAGUCCGACACAACAAGUUGGGAAUCGUGGACGGCAAAUCGAUGAACAAAGGAACGUGGCCGGUUCUCUAUCCGGUAUAUUCGCUGACGAUAUACGAUUCAUCGAUCGCCAGGGUUGUUGAGUAAAGUUAUUGCGACAUUUCCACUCGUACUAGCGUUUAAAACAUACUGGUCCAACGAGAGCAUUAUUCGUCCGUGCCUUUGAUACAAGUGACCAACCAAUCAAAUCCCUCAAACAGACCUUUCCCCUUCAACGCGGACGUUUCUUGGAUGGACCAUUGUCGAUUUCGGAUCUCCGGCAGCCCAAGGGCGUCACUGAUUUGUUGCGCGUUCAUUGCACCCUUUUGAUCCUGCUUGUUGGCAAAGACCAACAGGAUGGAUUCCUUCAGUUCGUCCUCUUCCAACAUGGCAGCUAACUCCCCUUUUGCAACCGGCAUUCUCUCAGCAUCCGCACUAUCCACCACAAAAAUGAUCGCGUCUGUAUUUGGAUAAUAGCACCGCCAAUAGGGACGAAUACUUGUCUGCCCUCCGAGAUCCCACACUUGAAACUAUUGUUCGAUUCAUUUUUAUAUUCGAUAUAAGUGCCAUUCAUUCAUUCGUCGGUUGUUUUGAGUUGCAGAAAAGAUGUAGUUAUUGUUAGAUUCAGCUCGUGUAAACAAGAUUUUGGCAAAGUUUUUUUUUGCAUUUCUACACGAUGUUUCGCCCCUUGUUUAAAGGUAUGUUAACCGUUCCUGGUGUGAUCUUCUACCAAGCACAGAUCAUCGUCGAACUAUCGUCGCAGGCAGGUUACAAAGCUUCGUCAAGGCAAUGCAACGCUGUCAGAAACGCACCUUUAUAUUUUUAUACUGUAGCGUUUCUACAUUAAAUCCAAUCGUGGGGAUCGUUUGCACCGCUUCGUCCGACUCAUUUUGUAGUCGGUAAAGGAUCGUGGUCUUUCCGGCAUUGUCUAACCCCAGAAUAAGAAUUCGAACUUCUUUCGAUCCAAAUAAAGUUUCGAAAACCUUGCUAAAAAGAAUCCCCAUGGUUGCUUAAUAAGUCGUACCGUAAUCUUUUUCGCAACGGAACGGUAUGAGCACCCCUUCUUGCAGGACUUGACUGGUGUCUGGCGACGUCGCAGGAACUGAAUGGCUUUUUGGUAGUUCUUGGUGUUGUGGUCAUCCUACGGUAGCUGUUUCGUCAUUUUCUCCAACCAACCUCUUCAGAUCUUUCCGUACUCUUCUUUACUCUGUAGCGGUGCUACUAGCUUUACCAAGGACGUUAGAGCAGGUCGCGCAGUAGUUUCUUAACGCACGCCGGCGUGGCAACCGAUUUGGACCUUUACGGUUCAGAUUUACGGUUCAGACAAAGGGAAAAGGAGUUUUCCAAAAAUAUUCGAAUAGAGUGCUGAAGUGCAA